ACCCCCAUUACAUUGGAGCCCCGACUUACACGUCUAUCACAACUUAGAAGCACCACAGCACAGCUGAGCUGCAACCGUGACACGAUCUCUCUUUCCAGAGCUUCACUGAAGUAGCCUAUUGCAUGUCUGUGCUGUUUUGGAAAGAUCAUGGGGAAUCAGCGCAUGGAGCCGAUCAUUUCCACUGAGUUCAGAGCUUGAGCCGCCUGCUUUCGUCUGCAUCACUAUUAUGUUGGAAAGGGCUCAAUGAUAUUUUCAUUCUAAACUCAGCUAUUUUGGACCACAGUCGAUACAAUACUUCUGUUUCUCGCCUCGCGCUCGUUGUAGCUUGCUGGUACAAUGGGGUGUUGCAGUGGACGUUGCACGUUGAUUUUCCUUUGCAUUUUCCAGCUGAUGGUGGCAUUGGAAAGGCAGGUAUUUGACUUCCUGGGGUACCAGUGGGCACCUAUCCUGGCCAACUUCUUUCACAUUAUCAUCGUCAUCCUGGGCCUCUUCGGCACAAUCCAGUACAGACCACGCUACAUUGUGGUGUAUGCUAUUUGGACAGCACUCUGGGUGGCAUGGAACGUUUUCAUUAUCUGCUUCUACCUGGAAGUAGGAGGUCUCUCCAAGGAGAGUGACCUCCUGACCUUCAACAUCUCUGCGCACCACUCGUGGUGGAGCGAGCACGGACCCGGCUGCGUGCGCAGGGAGAUGCCCACCACGGGCGUCCGCAGCCUGGACAGCCAGUCCUACAUCUCCGUCAUGGGCUGCCUGCUGGAGUACCAGUACAUCGAAGUCCUACACAGUGCUUUCCAGAUCCUUGUUGCUCUCCUGGGGUUCGUGUACGCCUGCUAUGUCGUCAGUGCCUUCACAGAGGAGGAAGACAGCUUUGAUUUUAUUGGUGGAUUUGAUCCAUUCCCCCUCUACCAUGUCAAUGAGAAACCAUCUCACCUCCUCUUAAAGCCCAUGUACCUGUCUACGUAAAUAGAGCUUUAGGGUAUGCAAAGGUCAUUUCUGAAGAUCGAGAGGAAGGUCUGACAUGGAGAACUGGAAGAGAAGAGAGAGGCUGCGUAACUCAACGUUGAUGCGGAAGUCCAUAGGACAAUGCAAAAGCAUUCCUCUGCUUCACAUUUCUUUUCAGUCAUUUUCAGUGUUGUCAGUACACUGCUUCAAAAAUACAACACUUCCAAGUUGUGUCCAAUUCUCUGGGGAAAAUGGUUUAGUUCUGGAGUGGGGAAAUUUACAGUGAAACUUCAGAGCUAUUUGGAUGCACAGUUUUAACUGAAAUAUUAGGUGUAUAACAAAUGGGAGCAGUCAAUAAGAAUUCAGUGCCUGUGGCACUGUUUUCUCAUUGUUGUCUCUGUCAUUGUUGUCUGUAUUUGUCAGAACUACAGAAGUGCACACUAGCCCAGCUGAGAAGUUCACAGAGUUCCUAGCCUCAUUUUUAUUAGUCUUUUGUUAUUGUUUUUUUAAAUAGCUAUUGAUUGAGUUAUACUGUGCUGUUUGAAUAAGGCCCAGGACCUAUGGAUACACUGGCCUUGCAGAAAGAGGAAGGAAAUGAACAUGCAUUUGAAAACAAAGCUGUGAAACCCCAAGGAACAAUUAAAUAAAAAACAAAAUGCUUUCCGUUGGGUUAAAAAAAACAACAUGAAAUGUUGAUGUAAAUGGCACAUGAAUCAAGAACUAAAGAAGAAAAAAAACAUGUCAACAUUUAUGUUUUGACUUAAAUAUACAGUAGGGACCUUUUUUGUUAAAAGAAAAACCUCUUCAAUUUGUAAAAAGUCUUAAGCUAUAUUUUGACAGUGUUUUAAUAAAGUGGGUGCUUUGGAGCUGCUGGGAGUGGAAUUAAGGAAUACCCAUUAUCUUCAUACACCCAUUCCCCAUGGGUAAAAUAGGAGACGCAGCUCGGGAUGAUGCAUGGGGAGGAGGUAUUGAUAUAGUGGGCCAAUAAAAGCUGCCUCAAUCUCCAGCAGCUCUUUACUGUAUCUGUUUGAAUGUGCCAGAAGGGCGAGGGGGGAGGGGGGGAUGGGGGGUUAUUGUGGUUAAGUAAGUCAUAAAUAUUUACAGAGGGUGUUGGAUAACAUUGUUCAUUUACAGCCCAGUGCAGUAUUAGCACUAAUACUCAGGUCACCCACCCACCGCAUGGUUGCAACUGUACCGAACUGUGACUGUAUAACUGUUUUUUUAUAGUGGGUAAGAGAGAAUAGGAGAAUGUACAUGGAUCACAAAAAAAAAAAUCAUGCAGGGAGCAACCCAUGAUUAACUGAGGUCAAGUCUGUUUUUGUGUUACCGUAUAUAUAAUAACUGGAGGCCAGCUAGUUGAAGACUAUCUAUAAUGUUGGUAGCGCGUUCAAAGAAAAAUGCAAGCAGCAGUUCUUCACUUUCUGUUUAAAUUAACUAUGCUGUAUUACCAGUGUGCACAGAGCUGAUCAGAGGUCAGAAUAACUGACUAACCCGUCCUCAUCAUGGGUCAUCUUGAUGGUGAUAUAAUGAGGAGGUGAUCCCUCAAUCUGUUCCCAUGGCUUCAUUAUUGUCAUGAUUCUAUACUGCCCCCUCGUGUUGAAUGUGUGUAUUAAUUGUCUGGCAACUAAAGUCAUUCCUAGCUAAAUGUAAGCAUUGCAGUUGUCUGUUUUGACAUUCGACAAGAUACGUAGUUGAAAUGUAAAUGUUAAAAAAACAGAAAACUAAAACUGUGUGCUAAAAGAACGGAUACAGGGACCACUGGUGCCAGUGUUUUCUCUUGCUCUACACAUUCUCUUGAACUAGUUGUUCUGCAUGUGCUUUCAUCUGAAGUUAAUGUAUUUGCAUUUCAUCACAGCUUGUUAUUGAUGUAAAAUAAAUCAUCACUACCCCAUGCAGAAAGUAUAUAUUUCAACUUUCAAAUUUGUGUUAUUCCAGUCUUAAAUUCAUUUUUCAUUCUUAAUCAACACUUAAGAAGAGAUGUAUAUGAUUUGAUAAAUUUGAGGAAAAAAAUGUUGAAAACAUUUGUCACAAGGUAAGUGAUCUUGUAUUCGUUAAAUUUUUAAUUAAAUUAUAUCAAAGUUAUCGGUUCAUUUAAGCAUGAUUGCAUGCUGAGAAUCAGGUGAAGCAUAAGGCUAUCAGAUUGCCCUGGCAGUUUACGUCUUGGUUAGCUGAUGAGAUAAUGUUCAAGGCCCUCUGUUCUGCUCGCAGGCAGACAUCAUUGAUUAAGUAAUGUACAUAACAGCUUGUGAAUAGAACUUAUGAGGGCUAACAAAAACUGAGUAUCCUGGCAAGAUUUUCUUUUGACGCACUUGUAUGAGCUAGUGUGUAGGAUGUUGUUUUUCAGUGGUCACACAGUGAACAAACCAAACUGUCAUUGCUUUACAUCACAGUGAAUAGAGUCUGCUGUAUCAUUUUUUAAUGGUAUGAUUGUCUUGCCUGAUGUAUCAUGUUCAUUAGAUGAUUUAUUGUCUCAAUGCUUUUUGUAUUCCAUAACAUGUUGCCACUGUUACAUACAAGUCAUCCAUCUCUUAAUUAUGUGAUCCUGUUAACGUCUGUGGUUUGUACUCAAAAAGUGUAAAUAGAAGUUUGUUAAUAAAUUGUGUACUUUUAAUUAACCAA